AUGAGAGACCUUGUUUUUAUCAAGUUCAACUCCAAACUCAAACAAAAGAGAAAGAUGAAAAACAGGGACCCGAUUGUGGACCACACAUUUGUAGAUGUUGUAGAAGAUGAAGAUAAUGAGUGGAUCACAGGUAUUGUGCCUCAUGAACCUGAUGAAGUUGUAGAAGUUGCAGCAUCAACAUCACAAGGAGCAGUUGGUGCAUCAAAAAGAAAGAGAGCGUCCCAAUCUCGCCCUCGGAAGAAGAAAAAACUGCUCCCUGUUUUUCGUGAAGAUGAGUUGGAGUCAGCUAGUUCUUCUUCUGAAUCGGAAGAUGAUGCCAUGCAUUCACCAUCUGGUUCAUCAAAUGAGAGUGAUUCUGAAUAA